GAUCAAAAACACGAAUAAAAACAUGAAAAAAAACAUAUAAACAACACCAAAAUUAUCCAAUCAAAUCAGAACAUCAACUUUAUAUAUCAUCAAAAGAAAAUGUCGGUACCUCAGCUCCCUCAAAUAACACCAACUGCCAUAAUAGUACCAUCCAGUGAUCAACAACAAAGCUCAAUUUACAACAACUAUGCCCAAUUAAAUCAAAAUUUGUUCAGUCAUCCAGGUUCUAAUUUCCAAGGAUCCGAUCUAAUGACACAUUUGCAAUUAAAUUUGAAGGCUGGAAUCAAUUUGGAUUGGUGUUCGAGGACAAUACUUCAUUUUAGCAACUCGGCACCUUACCUGGUUAAACACCAGUGGAUAUUGGACUACUUGUUGAAUGAUUUAUACGAUAACUUUAACAAGACAUCAGCAUUGAGUUUAAGAAACUUAUCACAAGACGGUGAUUUCACACAACUAUUGGCAUUACAUCCAAAGACUAAAAAAAUUUUGUAUGAAGUUUUGAGCCAUUUUGAAACAGAUGAUCAACCUUCUCCUCUAAUUGAUGAUGUUGAAAAUACAUCCAAAUACUCCAAUUUAGACAAUGAAUUACUGAUGUACACAGUUGAUAUUGUUGAAAGUGUGUCUUCUUAUAUUGCACCGGCUCCAAAAGAUGAUGAUUUAUUUGUUUGUUUAACCAAGAUUUUCCAAACUCAUAAUGAUAGAUCAUUAUUAAUUUCAAUAAUGAGAUCAUUUGCAAGAUUUCUUGUUCGUUCAGAACUUAGUGUUGAAAAUUGUUCAAGUAACUUAACUUCCAAUAUAUUGGAUAAAAUUGUUUCAUUCUUAUUAACAAAUGAUUAUGAUUUAAUUCUAACUUCGUUAGAUAUCCUUUAUCAAUUUGCAUUGCCUGGAAAUCUAAGAAUAAAUGCAUUAUUAAAAUCAUCAACAAGACAAGAAAUUCUAAAAUUGAAACUUCCACAAUUAUUAACAUAUCAAUUGAAUAUUAAAGGAAAUCCAAAUGAUUUUUCACAAUUGGAUUAUUUGAAGUUGAUAAAAAGAACAAAACCACCAAUGCCAACAUCACCACCUGUUUUAUCACCAGAACAUUAUAAAGAUAUAAUAAUUUUAAACGAACCAUUAAGAGCAACUUCCUGGAUGAGAUGUUCUUAUAAAGCUGUUGAAGAUGGUGAAGUUACCCAAAUUUCUUUAUGGAAAGCUUAUGAAAAACAAUUUGAAAAAGAAGCUGUUCAAAAUAAAAAAAAUUACUACCAGCUUGCCAUGGUUCUGAAUCUACCAAGUGGUCAAAGAAAAUUUAUAAUUAAAGGGAUUGAGCCAAGAUUUCAGUCUGUUGAUAUAAGUACUGGUGAAUAUGAAGCUUUUAAUCAAAUUGAAAAAUCGCAAAAUCAUGAUUUGAAUUUAUUGAACCCUCUGGAUUCAAAACAAGAACCAUUACCAAUUUAUAAUCCACCACAGCAAUUAAACGAUGUUAAUAAGAGUUCUUCAAUGUUAUUAACUUCAUUAACUAAUAACUCAAUUGGUAAAGAACUAUUUAAACCUGUUGAAGAGGAAAUUUUCAAAAAAAUUGAAGCUGCUCCAGUUUUAUUUGAUGAAUUAGCUGAUUCUUUAAAAUAUCUACAAUAGAAUAGUUUAUAAUAAAUAAAUAAUGUCAUUAAAAUUGAUUGAAUUAAUCAAAUUAUAAGUCGUCAUAGUUCGUUCUGG